AUGGCCUCCCGUGAAGGGAUCAAUCCCUUACGACCAUACUAUAUUCCUCAGUCGGGUCUUUCACCAUCCAGUGCGCCUACCGAAAUCAGCUCUCCCUCGUCGGCCCAGGUAUUCGGAAGCACCGCGCGCGACCUCAUCCCCGACCUCGACUAUGCCGACUAUUUGGACGCCUCGCCCUCCGUGUCUGACUGGGUUCGCGAUGCCUUGCAAUCGUCUCUAAGACGUUAUACCCAUGUGCUGGUCGCGCAGCCAUUUGAUGUCGCUAAAACCAUCUUGCAAGUCUAUGUCGUGCCAGACGUCAUUGAGGAGGUCGUGAACCGGAGCUCGGAGGCCGGGGGACCUGGAAGCAGCUCGUACGAUUCGGGCUCAGAAUCAUCCGAUGAUGAAAGCGUCUUUUUCACUUCUGCCGCGCCAUCAACUCCGACACCAACCACGCCACGCUCUCGCAGGGGUCGGCAUCACAUCACCGAUCGGAGUGGCUAUAUUCGCGCAGAUGCCGCACCACCCACUCCGUCCAAGCAUGCCCUGACCAUUCGGAAUCCAGAGUCAUUGAUGGACGUUCUGUCCCAGCUUUGGACGAACAAUGGACCGAGCUCGCCAUGGAAGUCUUCUAAUGCGACCUUCAUCUACUCGCUACUUCUCCCGACAUUGAAUACUUUCAUUCGCAGCCUUCUCUCUGCAAUCGUGGGCCUACCAGAGGAAGACAUCUCCUCAUCUAUGGUGGCUGAUAUCCUGCACGCCUCCUCGCCGCUCGCCACGCUGCUCAUAUCAUUCGUUUCCUCAUCUCUCUCCGCCAUGAUCCUCUCCCCGAUCGAUACCGCCCGUACUUUCUUAAUGCUCACCCCGGCGACUCACGGCCCUCGAUCCCUCAUCCGCGCCAUCCGACAACUCCCCACCCCUAAUUGCACCAUCCCGCCACACCUCGUUCCAAUCACAAUUCUCCACUCCAGCCUGCCCACCUUCAUCACAACCUCGACCCCACUUAUUCUCAAAUCAUACAUGUCAAUCGACCCAAUCCUGAACCCAUCUCUGUGGAACCUCAUCAGUUUCAUCAGCUCCGGUCUCGAACUCGCCGUGCGAUUCCCCCUCGAGACCGUUCUCCGCCGCGCCCAGAUCGCAACCUACACAUCUCUCAGUCUGCGCCAGAAGUCUUCUGGCGGCAGUAUCAGCGCCGCCUCCAUCGAUGCCUCGGACGUGGAAACCAUUGUCCCUACCCCGCGCACAUACCGCGGUAUCAUCGGCACAAUGUGGCAUAUCGUGAACGAGGAGGGUGUCAGCCCCGAUCUCUCAGAUGCAGAGCGAGCUAAUCUGCUCUUCGCCAAGCCCACCGAACAGGUUCGGGCGAAACGUCGCCAGGGCCAGGGCAUCCAGGGUCUAUAUCGCGGCUGGCGUGUAGGCAUGUGGGGUGUUGCUGGUAUUUGGGGUGCCAACCUUCUCGGCGGAGUCGCUGGCGGCAGCGAGGAGGAAGUCACGCUCCGAGGUGGCCAUGGACGGGACAGUGGCGGACGGUUCUAA